UUUUGAUUCGAAAAUUCGCCCUGCGGAUGAACAUGAGCAGCUGCCGCGACGACUAGAAGUAAAACGAAAAUUAUACGAUAAAACAAGAUGAGCAGCGUUUUCGUAAGUGUAUGAUUCUUUACUCUAUUUGGAGAUGAGGUUUUGAUGCAACAUCUUUCUUUCAAAGCAGGAAUAACUAUGGCACUCAUAUUCGUGAAAAUGGAUUUAUUUUACUUAUAUCCAGCUUGCGGCGGAUGCGAUAAAGUUGUAAACGAUCCGGCAUCCUUACCUCCACGGAUGAACUUACCUUUCAAACACAAAUGCUAAUUUUGUUGCGCAGAAAUCGCUUUCAUCGGCCCCUAACAGUAUGCGAAGGCGAGCUGGGGGGCUAUGCGCGAGGAAGGGGGGAGGAGUUUGCUCUUCACAAAAAUCUUUAUUUUGACGCAAAAAAUUCCAUUUAUGCUGUGGAACACGAUGAAAAACGGCAGGAACGACUAGGACUAUACGGAAAGAUGUUCAUAUAACAGGAGCAGCUAUUAAAUCGAUUGAAAUUUUCAAAAAUUUGUUCUAUUAUAAAUAUGCAUGUCAAAACCACUUAGUUUAUGGUUAAUUAGCUAGCUGAUAGUUAAGGUAAAGUAGCUAGUUGUCUUGCGGCUGUGUCUCGGAACGCCGCGCGGAGUCGUUGAUGAAGUAGUUCCGGCGGCCAUUUUGCUGAUUCUACUGACAACAAUCCUCAAAGAAAUCUGACAACAGCUAAAUCCUAAACCCUUCGGUGCCUAGAGUGGUACAUUUGUGAAUUGAUUUUCGGUAUGGCAGAGCGGUACGAAAUUCGGAACAAAUGUAGGCUACUUCUGGUCAUGUGAAGCUCUUAUGGGACCUGUUUUGAUUGAGAUUCUGGCACAACUUUGCAGGGCAUAUACGUUUCUAGAACCGGACCCCGGAUCCCUUCUAGUAGCGUGCGAGUUUUUGGUUGUCGAGUCAGUGUCUUAGAACGUCUUCUCCUCACAUUUGCACGAACAUCUUCCGACUUCUCCUCUCUCAGGAUGGAGUUUGAUCCGAAAGCUAUCGAGCGCGCAUCUGUACAAGAAAUCAAAAGGCUGUUGGAAGAUUCUUUCGAGAUUGUUAUGAUUUUCGAGACCGGAUGCGAUUUUUUCAUAGCGCCGCUUCCGCAUAUCAGGGCGGAGCUGGGCAUCACUCAGAAAUGGUAUCUCGGCAUCCAGCUGAAGAGCACCCGCACGAUGUCCGCCGCCUGGCAGCGCAAACUGCGGUAUGUUCUGAAUCAUUACAAGAACUUGUACCACGGAACCGUUCUGCUUGGCUGGGCCAACGAUUGUAUGGACGUCUUCGUGCAGCCGGUGCAUCGUGUGACGAACUACACCAAGUUCGACAUCUGCGACGGUCUGUACAAUCGCAACACAGUCAUCAAGCGGCUGACGGAUCUUUGGCAGAACCCGGUGUGUACCCGCCAUACGGAUACGAUGGCGCUGUUGUCCUCCUACUCGCAGGCGACCUUAACGGAGAAAACUGCCCGCCGUAUGUUCCUGGAUUUGGUUGCUGGAAGUGAUUUCGUGUAUGCCCCCGCGGAGCGGGAGUUUGACAAAAUUGACGGGCACAUUUGGUGCAAGCAGGAUCCGCUCAAGAAGUAUCGGGUGCAGGAGAAGGUCCUUUGCCUUCGUAAGGAGCGCGGGCUCGCUAUCGGACUGCGCUGCAACUUCCACCGCAACUCCAAAGGACCGUACCACACCACCGACGCCGAUUUCCUGCUUCUCCACGCUCGCUCGGGAGAAACUUCGGGGCAGUUUCUGGGCCUGCAUGGAUCCGCCCUGAUCCCGUUUUCCACACUGCAGGAACACGGCUACACCGCCGACGAGACGACGUACAUAAGAGCUUCAUGGUUUUUGAUUAGCGAAUUUGCUGUUUUAGCCGGUAGGUGCGAGUGAGAAUAUAGGCAACAUAGUACUAAUCGUUUUUAUUCUAGAAACCAAGAAACGAAUCACAAACGGAACCUCAACAGCGGACAACCGGGGAAGAAGACGAUCAACUUCUAUCCAGACGCACCCGGAGUCGGGCACCCCCGUCGCGACGGUGCGCUUGAGAAGUCGUAUUGUAAGUGUGACGAUCGCGAAGCUUACACGCAACACCUGCUGAACAUUUUGAAGAAGCACAUCGAUGAAGACAUGUGAUCCACUUCGUCCUGUAGCUCGCGGACUAACUGAUCGCACAAAAUUACGAGGACGAACGAAUACUACAACCCGGAGAACACAAAAAGGCGCAGACACUGACAACGACAUACGUUUUUGAUUCAAUUUGCAUAGAUAAAAGAACUGGUUCGUACAAGCAGAGAAACGCAUCAUAAUGCAUCCAAGUUUAAAUUUCUCCUCUACGGAAGGGCGCCAGAUGGGAGCUUUCUAGUAAAGCAAAUUCGUCGUGGAGGUUCUAUAUUAUGUGAUUUCUUAUAUCAUAAAAGAGCAUGAUAAAUCCAUGGUUUGUCUUUCAAACAUAAAUAAAAUUCUCUUUUGCAUAGUGUUGACGUUAAGCAGCUUCCACAGCUGCAGACUGGGUUUCUGUGCAGGUGUAUUAAACCUUCAUAAAGAAGAAGCGUACUACUUUUCAUUUUUUCAUAAUCUAAUUUUGCAUCAUUCCACGUUGGGAUGCUUGGAGAAGUGCUGUAAAAGUGCUCUUUCGAGUUUUUUCUAACAAGAACAUUCAAAAUUGAUGAAACUAAACGUGCCGAUGGUCUCAAGUUUCCCUAGCUUUAUUCUCAUGUAGUGGGCAAAGAGCUGAUAACUCUGGAGACGCAAGUUUGUGUCUGUAGCGUUGAUUUCAUAACCAGAGUGUGUCUCAUUCUACUUUCCAUUUGCACCGCUAGAACUGGAAGCACCACCCGCCUUCUGCUGCAUGUGGGGCGGCAGUCCGUGUUCGUAGUAGACCCCUUCAAACCACAUCGGGUGGUUAUAUCCCAUAUCCCCAGCAUUGUCUUUCGGCUCUUCGUCCGGCUCGACCUUUUCGUCGUCCUCCUCCUAGUUGGAAGUGAAGGUGAGGUUGGAAUUAGAUUUUUGCAUGACAAUCUGUAUGAUGUGGAAGCUGCAACGCAUAACCGCAUGACAUACGCAUGACAAUCUCUGUAAAGAAACAAAAUGCAAACUGUAAGAAAGCACAAUAUCGCUGUACCUUAUCAUCACCCUCAGUUCCCACCUUGUCGAACCAGUCCUUCCCCCGCCGCGUUCCCUUUUUGAGUUCGGGAAGCAGGGCAUUUUCGAAGGCCUUGGCGGGAAUCGGUAAACUGACGUUCGCUUCUGUGCCCGCGUUCGGAUCGGAGCGGCAAAUCUGCAUUGACUGCGCCUGCAAGUCGAACUCCGCAAUCACGAAGGGGAGUAAUUCCAGCAUGAUCCUGUUUUCCAGAUUCCCCGACGUUCCACACUCCGGCGCGAGCUUCACUUUCACCGGCGCAUACCCAUUGGACCAGAACUGUAGGUUUUUAUUUGGAAAAUGUGACGAGGGAGAACGAGGUGGAUUAUGCAAUACAAAUUUACGCGUCACGGCAUGAUGCGGUGGAAGUUUACACGAGCUAGACAUUCACUAGAACAAACAGUACCAGUCUCAUGGUCGGCAGCUUUUGACCAGCCUGAUUACGGUGCGAACGAAACUGCGCCACUUCCGCCACCGGGUUGGUUUUCGACACUGUGUAGACGAAGAUGGCUGGGUGGCGCUCCAGGUUUUCCUGCAUCGUGGUGUGAAUACCCGGCGGCCGACCCAGGUUGGGUUGCGGCGUAAGCUUGCGCUUCUUGGUUCUGUCCAUCUUAGUGUUAGCGAGAGCUGCGCUGCCCUGCACGAUCCGCUCCUCCUCCUGCAUCGCGAUGCGGUACGCCUCCCGGCACUUAUCGGCGGUAGCAGUCCCGUAGACCAUGUGGUGGAAGAGGAUGUGACGGUUCUCCUUGGACAGCUCCGGAAUGGCCUUCAGCAAGACCUUGUACACGCGCGUGAGCGGCGUAAACAACGCCAUCUGCUUUUCCAGCGAAAGGGACGAAAAGCAGUCCACCAGAGUCGUAUCAGCACGGAUCCACAAAUCGUCGAGGAGAACGAUUUCCGUCCGUUUACAGAUGUCCAUGGACUGCCUGCGCAGAAUCCUACCGUCGUACAGAUUCAGGUCGUUCAACAAUCCGCCAGUUUUUUUGAAAUCCCCCUCCGAAAUCGGCAUGGAGAACACGUUCACGUCGUACCGAUUCAGCUCGAGACCCUGGUACCGCCCCAUCUUCACCGCGAUGACGCGCUCCAUGGUGGGUGUACAUUCAUCGGGUGUUUUCUUGUGGUAUCCGAUGACCCAGUAGUUCGGGUUCUCCUCGAGAAAUUUUUCCAGCUCACGCUCGUUGAAGGCCAUCUGCCCGACGUACGCCAAAGCGUUGUAGUGAUCUAUGGAAAAAAUAUCUCCUCGAGUCUAUCAUGCUAAAAGCAGUAGUGCAGACAUACUCCCUGACAGCAAUAGGACUACGUUUGUCAUGCGUCGCGAUGUAUGUGUAGUGUGUCUAUAUGCAGUCGAAGCUGUGAUAAAAGAAUCCUCUUCAUGCGAAUUAUCUGCACGACUGUUUUUUGCAAGAUAGCAUGACCCUCUUCGCGUCCACGGCACGAAAGCCAGAGUCAUGCCCGGACAUCGAGACGAACUCGGGAUCACCGGUGCAGUCGAUGACGGACUGGAUUUUCUUGUCGUUUUGGGUUUGGUUUUGCCACAUGUUGGUAGCGACCCCCUUCAUCUGUUUGUACAGCUGGUUGAGUUUUGUCCCUCUUCCGCCCCCGACACGACGCUCCUCGUCCUGAUCCAGCAGUAGUGUGUGGAAAUCAUCCUUCGUCGGAUUUUCGUGUGUAGCAGUGGUGAUACUCAGGACAGAGUCUAUUUCCCUCGGCGACAGCAGCGGCAGCUUCGUCACAUCGCGGACAUGCGGAGCCGGGUAGUAGCGCGCACCCUGCUCCAUGUGGCGCUGGCGAUCCACCUGGCGGGAGAUGAGGGUCUGGUCCGCACGCGGCUUUUUGUUCUGCGCCGGAUUUUGCUCCCUGUGCUGCUUCUCCUGCCAGACCUCGGUGACGGUAAUUGUGCGGCACCGGUUCGUGCAGUACGGCUGCAGGUACUUGAGCGUGUCCACGCCGAGGUUGAAGAUCUUGCACAUUUGUUUCGCGGUGAUGCUCAGCGGAAACGGGCACAAAUCCCCCAGCAGCUUGCACGUGUUCUUGUUGAGGAGGAUGUUGUGGUUCUGAUAAUCCUCCCAGAGGCCAUAUUGCGGGUCCCCAACUUCGAACCAGAAACAGUUCAGCGUGUUCCUGAGGACUUUGAUGGCCGGAAUCUCGUACUCCUCGCCAUAAUGGUACACAGCGCAGGCGUCGCCGCACAGGCACCUCCACAACCGCUGCCGGUUCUUGGACAUGUUGUCUUGGAUCUUUUCUAUGCAAUUGAAAUACUUUCUGCAAAGCCCAUUGGUGCGCGCAAGCUUGCGUUGCUGGAACAGCAACGCAGGUUUCCAUGUUUUUGCAUGACAAACUCGAUGUAUUCCAGCUGCUUGUUUGCAAUCCCAUCGGCGAGAAGAAGUCUUUCAAUGGAUAGCAGCAGUUCCCAGUGAGGUGGCGUUGGAAGUGCAGGGGUCGAUAAACCGCUUGUACGUGCACAGAUAGUCGCCACCAAUCAGCGACACAUCGUGACGGCCCGUAUGCUCGAGGUGGAAGAACAGCUCGUUGAGGCGGACGGUGGACGCGACGACCUGGCCGUGGACUUUCAUCAUCUUAUCCUCCGAAAUAUGCAAUAGAAAACAAUGCCUCUGUUGAAGCAUAAAACGUAGCUCAUCGCAGUGAAACUCAGUGUCGUCCUGUGCUGAGAAAUACUAUGUAGAUGCAGCACACUCUACAAAAAAUGCAUGACAGAUUACGUGCCUAUCAAUAGCAGGGACAUUAUUUUCAAACUCAUAUAUCGACAACAGCUCCCGCAACAUCUCCGGAUGAUAACCCAGCCACCCCUUCGUUUUCUUCAAAUCCUCCAACUGCACCAGCGGGUCCGGCUUCUCGAUGAAUUUCACCCCGUUUUUCAGCAAGAACUUCUCGAUUUCUUCCUCGGAUUUUUUUAUGACGAAUUCACCGGCGGCUUGUUUUUUUUUGCGCUCGGCCUCGCGGAGGGCGCAGUCGUUCAAACUGAACGCAAAACGCCACUUCCACUUCUGAAAAGUGCGGCGGACGAGGUCCGCUCCCUGGAACCGGGACUGCGUGCAGUGGAAAAUGUUGGGUCCUGGAAUGUUAUGUAGCAUGCGGAUUAGCAAUGAUUUUAUAGCUGAAAAGGAGGUCGUUUGAGGAGGUCCCUAGAGGACCUCCUAAAUUGUGCAGCUUUGUCAUGCAAAAAAAAAUUGAAUCUGCAUGGUAUGAUGCGAUUUGGAGACCUCCCUAGAGGACCUCCCAGAAGGACCAAAGAGCAUUCGUCCUCAGCGAUCGUCUUCAGAGAGUAGUUUUUCUUGACAAAAUUAAACAAAGAGAUUACAAAACCAAACAACAAUACGGCUCUCCAGCGCCAACACCAGGGUGGGUUUGUCAGCUUCCGCUUUCACUUCCUUCGCAAACUCGCGUUUUGCGCACUUUUCCGGUUCCUUCUUAGCUUCCCGCUGGAGCUGCUUGUCGAUCUCGAAAAAAUCAGCUGCAUUUUGCCCGCGACCCGCCGGUCCCGUCGCCCAGUCCGAUACCAUCACGCCGAAGCUCUCGACCAGUGGGACGCAGUUCAGCGUGUUUCGGUGGAGCCGAUGGAGGAUUGGCAUCGCCCAGGUUCCCUCGAUCAUGCGCGUGGUGGACUGCACAUGGCGGGUUUCGGGACUGCCUUGAUCGAGGAGUUGAUGCACGAUCAUGACAUACUCCCGUUGCUCCGGGCACAUGAUGCUGGACACGUCCACAUCCCGCCACGGAACGUCUUUAUCCUGGAUUGCGGCUUUGACGGCAUCUACACCGAACUUGACGAUCAGCUGGGACAUCAUGUACGCGGUGAGAAACUGGCUCUUCGUCUGUUCGACAUCGGAUGACAACAGCGACGAGUUUCCGGCCUGGAUCGGAGCGGGUUCGAUAACCAAAUCGGUCCACGGCUCGCGGUCUCCAUUUUUGUAGUCCUUUGGUCCCGGAGACUGUCUUGCACGGUACGAGAACUGUGUAUUUUUGGUGGAGGUUCCGCUGCAGAAGAAUGCUAUGCACGAUGGGCUCAUAGUAGUUUUGAUUUGUCCUGCAGAGUCCCGUGGUGGAUAAUCUUAUUCACGAUGGUGCUGCACAUGCAAAGAAAGCGACUUUUCACACUGAAAUCCUAAGUCAUGUAGUACCAGUCCUCCCUGCCCGGCUUGCUUCCGCUGUACGGCUCCGUCAAAGUUGAAGCAAACGUGCGGCGGCUUUGCUCCGAUUUCGUGGUCGUUGAAGAACUUGGAAAGCAAUUCGGACUUCUUGUUGUGCUUAUUCUGUGCCCACAAACGGCCCAGGACUCCGUACUCCAGUUUAUGCAAUGAAAGCCAGUACCCAGCAUCAGUUUCUUGUUGGAUUUUGUAUUAUCGUCAGCAUUACAAAUCUGUCUGCUAUCAACUAGAAGCACGACGCUGUGUACUUGAUUUCAGUAUGGAUACAGGUAUCUGCGCGCGCCGGCGCACUGUUAGCAUCGUGUAUAAUGUUAUUCUGCAUGGUAUGCUUUUGCAUUACAUAUUCGCUCUCAAUGCCAUGCAGGAUAACAUUAUACCCGAUGCUAUCACUGCGGUCAAAUUGUAGCUAUCCGAAGGGAAAACAGCCAGUAUGUGGAAUACCUUGGCGCGGUAAUUGCAGUCGUCUGCGCCCAUCCGACCCAGCUUCUUGCAGGCGGCGUCCUUCAGAGCAUCGUAUGUGAACUGCAGAUUGUUGAUGUUGACGCCCAUCAGGGUCUGAUUGAAGUCGCUCGUUCCGAAUUUCGCAUGUACUUGAAUAGGGUCUUUCUCCAUCCGCCACCACAAAUAACAGUUUACCUGCGUAUUCGCGUGUAUCUCGCUCAUUCGAAAAUUCAUUAUUUUCUGAUGCAGAAAACGCAUGAUAUGCAGUGUGUCAUGCAUAAAGAAUCAAACCUGUACCACAUCCUCGGAAUCCACGUUGUCGACGAGGAUCGGCUUGAUCCUCACCUGGAUCUUGAACAGUAGAUCCCGUGGAACUUGCUCUUCAGCCCAGUAUUUGUAACUACCGGGAGACGGCGCCAUCGACUUCAAACAGUACUUGGAGUGUAUGCACGGAAGAAAAAAUAGUUUUAGGGUUAAGGUUUUGCUCCAAACUGAUUUCUGGAUGCCUCGGAGAAAUAAAUGACUUGUCAGAAUUCAAAUUCUGAAAUCAGUUUGGGACAAAACCUUAACCCUAAACUCAUUUUUCGCAUCGUAUGGCCUCCGGUGAAAGGACACCUCACCGGCUUGUCCCAGAAGGUGGUCUUGCUUUUGUGUCCCGGUCUGACGUAGUCCUCGUCUGGGUCGCUACCGUCAUCGUCGGUAUCAGUGUCAAAUGCGAACCACGCAGCAUCCUUCUUCUUCUGUCCAAUCGGCGAAGGGAGUUCCGACUUCUUCUUCGCGGGAGAAGAAGCGAGAAGAGACGGAGAUUCCUCCAUCUUGGGCGCUCUGUACGGCGUAUGAUUGUCCUCGUAACCACUCGGCAUCACGAGGUCAUGUUCACUCACAAGUCGGUCAGUUUCUACGGGUGAUUCACAAAACAAACUUCGAACUCAGCGUAGGGAGGCUGCGAGCGAUGAUACGACAAAGGUUUACUCCACUUCGCUCUACUGAUGCCAUCAAGCGACCCCAUCUACAGACGCAAACCGCUCACAAACCGACAUCUUCGUGCUGGUAUUGCACAUACCACGUCUGCUACUGGCGAGUACGAACAUCCACAGACCGAGUUUCUGACCUACGUGACCGAUUUGCGUUGCAGAACAACCACUUCAGACACGAGCCUUCACAGGAGCAACUUCAGCUGUUCUUCUUCUGAUUUUUCAAUACCAAAUGAUUAAGAGCAUCUUCGUCACGGUGUGGAAAGUGCAGCUCUUUUCCGUCAUGUUUACGAAGCUCCACCACUUCAAGGAGAAAAUCAUUGUUGACCGCCUAGUGUUAGUAAAGCGAACGAUCUGCGCGGCCUACAGAUCGACACUAUUCGAUGGGUGGAGAAGCAGGUAGUAUUGGUGAUUUGCUACAAUAUCAAUGAUGAGAACUUCAUUUUGUGUAUAUAGAAACAAAUAUAUAUUUUUAUAUUCAAAACUGGGGUAGCCUCUGUGCAAAUUGCUGGAGAAAUACAACAACCUCCCCAGCUUAAAACUGAUAAUUGUUUUAUCAACAUAAAGCAGUAGAAUAGAAAACGCUUCAUAGCAAGUACGAAACUAACCCUAUUCACAACUGCUGAAACAUAGAAGGUCCGAGUUGCGAUAUCAAAUGAAAAAAGCGCGCAUCGCACUUGAUCCAUUGCUGCCAAAAGGGCCUCGCUCAAGUGCUGAUCAUGCCAAUACGAACAGGGGCAAAGGCGUCUGUUCUCAACAUACAAACGGGUACUGCGAUGUGCGCUAUUUUCGCUUCGAUAUCACGCUCACGUGGACAAGGACCGACAGAGAAUUUUUUACGAAGUACGACGCCCUACAUUGGGCGACGCGAAGAUUCACGUUCUAGAAGCUAACCGAAGAAUUACUUCUUUUUCAUCACUUUCAUGGCCGGGGUCUUAGCAGCCUUCUUCGCGGCCGCGGCCGGCUUCUUAGCGGCCGCUUUCUUGGCCGCGGCCUCCGCCUUCUUAGCGUCCUUCUCGGCCUGCUUCUCCAACAAGGCCUUGACCUUCUCCUCGUCCUUCAGGCGCUUCGCCUCCGCCUUGGCCACCUUGUUGUUCUCCUUGGUCUGCUGCUUCUUGAACUCCUUGUUGGAUUCCUCGAUGUCCACGAUCAACUUAUCCUUCUUCUUGCUCAGGGACAACAGCAACGCGGCGGCGAACGGGGACUUCGCAGGAGCCGGGGUCAGGCCGGUGAUGUCGUUGCCGAAGCUCAAGGGGGAGAUGGGCUUGCUCAGAGGGGUGAACCCCAGGGUCUGCGGGGCAAUCGACUUCUCGCCCAAGGACAGCUUGGCGGGCUUGACCGCAGUGGCGCUCACGAUGGCGUGCCGCUCGGGGAUGGACUGCAUGGACGGAAAGUUGGACGGGGGCAUGCCCGUGGAGGAGCCCGGCAAGCCGGUGGACGAGCCCGGCAUUCCCUGAUAUUAAAGCAUUGUGAAGUUCGAACGUGAGGUACUAGAUGGACCGACGAUCAUGCUGCAGCUACACUUACAUCAGGUGUUUCACAUAAAACCAGUCACAUCUUCAGACAGCAUUAGAAUCAAUUCCUGAAACAUCGUAUAGGUGGCGCUAAACUGUACCUGCAUGUUCUGCAUCGCCAGGUAGUACGCGGGGGACUGCAUGGGGUUGGGCAAGCCGGUCAUGGGGUUGGGCAAGCCGGUUCCGGGGACCAUCUGCUGGACGAUAUCCAAUACAAGCCUCUGCUUUGUAGUUUGUCAUGCAAGACAUGCAUAUAUUCGAUCUGGAUGAGGUCGUUACUGAGCGCGAUUAUUGCGUUGUAAAAACGAACAUGCACAAAUGCCGAGGUUGCAUUGGAUACUACAUCGGAGUCGGCAUGACAGACGUCGGCGCGGGGCCACCCGCACCACCCGCACCGCCGUUACCGAAGUGGGUCGGGCGGGACAACCCGCAAAGGUGCGGCUUCGGGCACUCGAACACGGCCUCAAACCACAUGUCCUUGAGUAUGCAAACAAAAUCUUCAGCGAAGUCAUGCUUGUCAUGCAGAAACGAGCACUACAGAGCAUGACACUGGAAUGCAUAUUAUCAAGGGCUCAAGGCGUGAACUCUGCAUGCAAAAUACGGACCUACUGUGACUUCGCUGAAGGAUGACGUGCAUAUUGGUGCCGGCCUUGGACAAGUACUCGACGGAAUGCUGCAAGGUGCGGUACUUGCGGUCCGGAUCACGGGGGAUUAACUGAUGAGUUUUACGUUGACAUUGGAAACUGGACUCAUGACGCACGUACCGAUGUGCCGAUAUGUUCACACUUCUCUCGGAUAAGAACAAAACGAAAAGUGCUACCAUGUGGGGGUUGACACCCAUCCGGACGUACACCUCAUUGACCUGGAUGGCGUCGUAGAUGCACUGCUUCACCUUCAUGGGGCAACUCUCGGACAGGGUGGCAAAGAAGUCGGUCGAGAUGUCGUGGCCGAAGAGGUACCAGCCUGUGAUGAUGAAGAGAGUUCAUAUUCAUGAUCGUAUAGUUGUGUUUCAUGUAUGGUUUUCAUGUCAUGCAGGUGUAGAAACAAUGGUCACAGUGAUAUACUCAUUUGCUGAAGAUCAUGAACUACAAACUCAGUAACGAAAGCAACAUACUACAGAAAAACUCUAUACGGUCGAUGUUUCCGGCCAGCGCCGCCUUCGAAUAGGACAAGAUCAACAGAAAGCCGAUCUGCUUCGCGCGGAGAACGGUCUCGUACUCGGAAAGGGCGUCACGCAUGGCGUUGACAUCACUCUGGUUGAAGCUGUUCACUUGUGCAUUCAAGAAUGCAGAGACAGUCUUUGGCAUCUUCGACAACGACAUUUUUGGUGUGAUGCAAGAGUACUUGCACAAGUUUGCAGUAAGGCAGAGUGAAGUCUUCACUUCGUAAAAAAACGGCUACGGGUUCGGUCAACAAUGUCCAAUGGUGGAAGAUCAGCAACGACGCCCAAGAUUAACAACAAGUCUUCAGGUGAAAGAUCCGGAAUCAUUUUUUCAAACAGUUGGAAUUGGGUUUCAACUUCACACUCAACUCUGCUGAAAGACAACACGCGGUGAGCUUGGGGAUUGUGGAAUUGUGUGAGGAACAGACAGGUAAAAUCGUUUAGUUGGUUUGUGUUCGCAAAUAUGUUCUCAACUCUAGCACAGACAGUCGGGAUUGCUUCGCGGUAUUGAUUGUCAAGCAUUGAAUUCAAUUUUCUACAAAGCAGCUCAUUCUUCUCAUCUCUGUUUCACAUCGCAACGCAGAUCACAACACAGCCUCAAAAACCUCUUCUCCACACCAGCAUCUUCGCGAAGGGACCAUGCAGCAUAGCCUCGGCGGCCAAACCGUUCCCAGACACAGCCGCAAGACAACUAACCACAUUAGCUAUAAGAAAACCUAGAUAGUUAAUCAUAAAAUAGCUAGAUAAUCAUAAUAGUUUUACAAUAAAACAGAUUUUUGAAAAUAGUUUUCGAUUUAAUAGCUGCUCCUGUUAUAGUUCAUGAAACUACAUUAUAGCUGCAGCCUGAUCGAAUAGCAAUAAAGUGUAUGAUUCUUCGCAUUACAAUACUUACGAAUCCGGAGAUGUUGAGAAGACGCAAAACGUCUUUCUUUGAACAAAGCAGCAACUCAUUAGCACAACCCACGUCGACCCGGGAGAAAUGAGUGUGGUCUACCCACAAACUACGAAAUUCGUAGAUGAAAAACCUUACAUGUAGUUGCUGGAGUGGUUGAACAAAAAUGUAUGUAUGUUUAUAUUCUGCAACUGCACGUGCACCAAUAUUAACAACUGCAGACUUUACGACCGUUGGACAGUCUUGUUGUGGCUAUGCCAGGCAUAGAAUUCGUUCUGUGCCUCUUCCAAGGCUUAAGACGGAAAGGGAAGGGGCGCCAGGGGCACCAGAAAAUGGGUUUUCUAGCCUCGAUCAACG